AAUACCGAUCUCGAACAAGCUUCUAAUUAAAUUUUGUGAAUCGCAGCAACCGUGAUGAAAUUUUAAAUAUUGUGGAAGUUAUUCUAUUCCAAGAACAAUAAUGAGAGUGUUUUUUCUCCAACGCUUGCUCCUGCUUUUUGGGAUUUGUGGAAUAUCAAUAAUAGAAGCGGCUCCUGAUAAGCUGUUUUGUUUCUACCGUUCCGAAGCAAAAAAUCGUCUUGGAAAUGGUCGUGUUGAGCUCAAAGACCUAUUCCCGACGCCGUGUACCCACUUGGUGUAUCAGUUCGUCACACUGACCGAUACGGCGACGAUUGCCAACUCCAAUGCCCUCCAGACAGAUUUGGCGCAGUUUCCAGUGCUACGAAACAAGUCACCCGAAACAAAACUGUUGAUCUCAGUAGGCGGUCCCAUUUUCCCUUCUCUCACAUUCUCCAAUUUGGCAAAAAACAACACACUGAGGCCGGCCAUGAUUGCUUCGAUUAAAAAUAUUGUAGUGCAGAACAACUUCGAUGGCGUUGAUCUGAGUUGGUGGUAUCCGGUAAUGAAAGGUGGUGUUCCAGAGGACCGAGAAACCUAUAUUCAGCUUCUUUCAGAACUACGAGCUGCUCUGAGUCCACUCGGGAAAAUACUAACGGCGUCUGUUGCCCCCACAAAUGAUUACUUCCUGUCAUCCUAUAACGUUAGGGAAAUGAACAACUAUCUAAACUUUGUGAAUGUGAUGGCUUUCGAUUUGUAUACGUACAUGAAUUUUGUCACGGGACAUAACGCUCCCAUAAACCCAUCUCCAUCAGAAAUUUCGUCAACCGAUCGACAAUUCAAUAUGAAUGCCAUUUUGACUGGAUGGAUUGAAGCUGGAAUAUCACCUCAAAAGUUAGUUCUAGGAAUCUCCGCUAAUGGUCAUAGCUUUAAGCUCGCUAAUCCGGACUCCAAUAAACCAUUCGUUCGUACCACUGGCCCUGGACCUAACGGACCUUACACCAACGAGAGAGGAGUUCUAAGUUACUUGGAAGUGUGCGAACAGUUGAGGAGUGGUGGAUGGACUCAAGUGUGGGAUUCAGUCCAGGAAGCUCAUUACGCUUACAAUUCGAAUCUUUGGGUUUCUUAUGAGAACAUCCAUGCGGUUCAAACUAAAGUUCUUUUUGCGAGAACCUACUCCAUUGCUGGAGUAGGACUAUGGGCAAUGGAAGGUGACGAUAUCAAAAAUGUGUGCGGUGCUGGGGCAAGUCCACUACUUUCCACAGCGUAUGCUAUGCUUGAUAUCCUUAAAGCUCCACCUGCAACUUCAACUACCUCGAUACCUACUACAACAACCACAAAACCAACAACAACAACUACUACAAAGCCUACUACAACAACCGCUAAACCAACUACUACUACAACAAAACCUACUACCACUACCACAAAGCCUCCUACAACUACAACGAAGCCUACAACAACCACCACAAAACCAACGACUACAACAACAACAGUAAGAUCAACUACCACCACAUCUACAAGCUCAACCAGGCUUACUACGACGACAAUAAAAGUGCCAACCACCAGUGCGAAUCCAACGCACUGUCAAGAUAAUGGAUUCUUCCGAGAUCCGUAUGAUUGUGCUCUGUACUACCAGUGCAAAAACGGAGCAAUAGUAGGAAGCUUCAGGUGUAGCUUCGGGCUCUACUUCGACCCUCGAUACAACGUGUGCAAUUGGCAGCGGCAGGUGCCAUGCUGACAAAGCCGGAAAAAUCUUGUUUUAAAAUUAUGGCUGUAAAUAAAAAUAAAUUAAGUAUUUAU